UAUGAAGUCAAUAACUGGAGAAAAAAUUCGAACUUGGUUGCUUUCUGCUCUAAUGGUACAUGGGGCAGUUGCUGGUAACCCUGAUGCAAAGCGGCUUUAUGACGAUCUUCUAAGCAAUUACAAUAAAUUGGUUAGGCCAGUAGUGAACACAACAGAUGUUCUCAAAGUGUGUAUAAAGCUUAAAUUAUCGCAACUGAUUGAUGUGAAUCUUAAAAACCAAAUUAUGACAACGAAUCUAUGGGUUGAACAGUCGUGGUAUGAUUACAAAUUAAGGUGGGAACCUAAGGAAUACGGCGGAGUACAUAUGCUUCAUGUACCAUCUGAUCAUAUAUGGCGGCCAGACAUCGUCUUGUACAAUAAUGCCGAUGGCAAUUUUGAGGUUACACUUGCAACGAAGGCAACUAUUUACUCUGAAGGACUGGUUGAAUGGAAACCACCAGCUAUUUACAAAUCAUCCUGUGAAAUAGACGUAGAAUAUUUUCCAUUUGAUGAACAGACAUGCGUUUUGAAAUUUGGAAGUUGGACUUAUGAUGGUUUCAAGGUGGAUCUGAGACACAUGGACGAACAACUAGGUAGCAACGUAGUUGAUGUUGGAGUUGAUUUGUCUGAAUUUUACAUGUCUGUGGAAUGGGACAUCCUUGAAGUACCAGCCGUCAGAAACGAGAAGUUUUAUACAUGCUGCGACGAACCCUAUUUGGACAUUACGUUUAAUAUAACGAUGAGGAGAAAAACGUUAUUCUAUACCGUAAACAUUAUUAUUCCAUGUAUGGGAAUAUCAUUCUUAACGGUGUUGACUUUUUAUUUGCCGUCAGACAGCGGCGAAAAGGUGACGUUGUCAAUCUCAAUUCUUAUCAGCCUCCAUGUGUUCUUUUUGUUGGUUGUUGAGAUCAUACCCCCAACAUCAUUGGUAGUCCCUCUUCUGGGGAAGUAUUUAAUAUUCGCUAUGAUUUUAGUGUCCAUUAGCAUAUGUGUCACAGUUGUUGUUCUCAAUGUCCACUUUAGAUCGCCACAAACUCAUCGAAUGGCACCCUGGGUGAAAAAUGUGUUUAUUGAUAAUCUUCCGAAAUUUUUGUUCAUUAAACGGCCAAAGUACAAUUUCGAGACAAGCCUCGCCACAACGGGUCCAUUUGGAGGAAGUUGUCAAAUUCACGGACUGAUUCCCUCAUUACCGCAGUCAGAAUCAGACGAUUUACCUGCUGUGCCAGAUAUGGAGAUUGGACCAUCAGGAAUAAAAAGUCCUAUUCUAGCCAAUCCCGUAUUUUCCCAUAGCAAAUGUCCACCUCGUGUUCACAGAAGUUGUUUUUGUGUUCAAUUUAUAUCCGAACAUACCCGACUGCAGGAGGAUUCAACUAAGGUUAAGGAAGAUUGGAAGUACGUUGCUAUGGUGCUCGAUCGGCUAUUUUUGUGGAUUUUUACACUAGCAGUGUUAGCCGGUACAGCUGGAAUAAUAUUACAAGCACCAACUCUGUAUGAUGAUCGCAUUCCUAUUAUCGAGCAAAAAGAUGUAGACUUCUCCGGAAAUUCUGCAGGCCGUUGCCGUCCUCCACAAUAGCACAUAAGAGA